GGGGCCUGACAUGUGUCGUGGCCUCGUGCGAAGGCCACGGAGAAAUGUUUCUGUGUCGCACGGUUAAUUAAUACACAUGUUGAUACAUGUGUACCACCACCCCCACCUUAACCCCCUGAAGAUUGAAAUCACCGCGAGCUUCUGUCUCGAAGUCUGCCGGUGUGGUAUCGGCGUUGUUUGCAACGAGCCGGCUGUUGGGAAACCAGUUAUUAGACAACACAUCGGUCGGAGCACAGACAAAUCGCCAAGAAGUCAGCGUGAAGCAACUCCGGGCUACUACGUUUUGCUCUUGUACUGCAGCAAUAGGGUCAUAAGAAAAUGGGAGGGUUUCGUGUGGAUGAUUUUAUAGCGGGGUGGGUUGGUGGAGGAGCAGGUGUAUUUGUGGGAUAUCCCCUGGAUACUGUCAAGGUGCGGUUACAAACCAACAAGAGUGGUGGGGCAAUCCAUAUUCUAACCAGCCUGGUGAAGAAAGAAGGGCCACUUGCCCUCUUUAAGGGUAUGAGUUUUCCGCUGGCUACCAUAGCAUUUCCUCUGUCUGUGGCAUUUGGAGCAAACAACAACUCCCUGAGGAAGAUCCAGGAGUGGAAGUAUGGAAGCACGGACCACAAGCCCAGCUACACGGACCAGGCUGCUGCAGCCUGUUUUGCAGGCUUUGUGCAGGCCUUUGUAGCCUGCCCCAUCGAGCUGAUAAAAAUUAGGCUACAAUCUCAGACUCAUCGGGUUGGUGUAAAAGCUGUAGGCAGUAAUGGAAUUGUCCAAGGAGCGCAUUCCAACAUGGCGGCUGGAUACCGCGGCCCUUUUGAUUGUAUUGGCAGCAUAAUCCGACAGGAUGGUUUCCUGGGGAUCUACCGCGGUCUCUUCAGUCUGAUUCUACGGGACGUUCCCGGGUACGCCUUCUAUUUCAUCUUCUACGCCGUCACGUGUGACCUCCUAAGACCCAGUAGUGGUGAGCUGGGCCCGGUACAGUACAUGUUGGCGGGGAGUGUGGCCGGCGUGGCCACAUGGGCCUCCUGCAGUCCCAUGGAUGUCAUCAAGAGUAGGCUGCAGGCUGACGGGGUUCACCAGAAGGAAUAUAAGGGUGUCGUAGACUGUACUGUACGCAGUUGGAGGGGGGGGCCGAGGAUACUGUUCCGAGGGCUGGGGGUCAACUUGCUCCGUGCUAUUCCCGUCAAUGCUACGACAUUCCUUGUGUAUGAGUACUCAAUGAAACUGAUGGCAGGUAAAUUUUAAAAGGUUUACUUGCAACGAUCUCAGUAAUCUAAAAUGUAAUCCUAAUAUGGCACAGGCCAAUACUUACCAUACUCUACAUCAGUCUGUGGGAAAAUUGUGGGCUUUUCUGCAAAAUAGCAAAUUUGUUGUAAAAUACUACAUGUGUAUGUCCAAUAUAUAAAUGUAGGUCUACACGGCCAGAAUUAUCUUUGAGUCUGAUGAGAGAUCCGUUGUACAUGUAUAUUUGUUUUAUAAAAUUUUUCAUGUUUACUAAAUAUCAAAGCAGACUUUCAGAAUUGUAUCUGUUCCUUGAGGUUCAAAGUAUGCAGUGCAUGUACUGUACAUAUUCCGUCCAAAUUGAACAACCGGUCACAUGGGUAUUAAUUUGGUAUUCUCCCCCUAGUGUUCAGAAAACUCAAAUGCUUUUCAUUAGUAAAAGGAAAACAAGGCCAUCAGAGAUAGUACUGGAGAUAAGGGAAAAGUAUGUGAUCUGAGUAAAGAUACAUUGUACCUUAAGUGCAAUGUCAAUGUAAUGAUCAUAGUGAAUUUCUUUACAAAUCAGUGAACUUUUUUUAGUUUAAGAAGUUACAAAAGCCAUUGAAAGGAAGCAAUACAAUGCCAAAGGCAUAUCAUUAAUGUGAACAUAUGCAGUAAGAUCUUUUUACAAUACAUGUACUUAAGCAAUUCAAGCCAUAAAACAAUCACAUGACAGUUUGUUCAUUGUUAGUUUUAAUGUGUUACAUUGUGGUAUACCGGUAGUCUAUUUAACUCUUCAUAUUGAAAGAGUGGAAUACUGGUAGAUCUAAGGAGACAUUCUGCAAGCAAGUUGAAAGAUAAAAUGUAGUACUGCCAUAGCAUUAGAGAUGGAACAUAAUUUCUAAGUAAUGUUACAUAUUUUGUACCAUAUCUACACCAGACCAACAUACUUCUGAGACCUUUUUGGUCAAGUGUGUUUAUAAUAUUGUGACAGCAUAUCUUGGUCAAUAGAUAUCAUAUUUUAAUUGAGAAUAUGUAAAGAUGAUAAUCUGAUAUUAAGUGAUUCAAAUGUAACUAAUAAUGCAGUUUUGUAAAUUAAAAACAAGAACAAAUUAUGAGGUUGCUUUAUCUUUGACAGAACAAUGUUGCUAGCAAAAAUUUAAAUUAAAGGACUGAGCUGAUAUCGAUAGUGAAUUGUUUAUGGAGCUCUUAGUAACAUUGUGAUAUACAUGUAUUUGUAAUCACAAUCUGUUUCUGGCAAUGUCAAAAUGUUUGACAAAAGGGCAACAAUGCACAUCUUUUGUAAAUACUAAUUAUAUUAAUUUACCGCAUGAUUUUUUAAUUGUUCACAAUAUACUUACUAUCCAUACUCAAUUGUACGUCUUACUCAUGUACAUAUGGAAUGUGUUCUUGUAUCAGUAUCUUGGCAACUCUACUUAAUAAUGAUACAGUUUGACUGAGAAUAACAGUUUUGCAUGUGCAAUUUGUACUGUAAAAUCUUAUCUUCAUUCUGGAUGACUACAAACAAUGGUGACUGUCAAAUAUUUAUGCAAAGCAAUAAAUAUGCAAAUGAGAA